CAGGAAUCUUGAGGUCACGUGACUAAGAAGGUCCACACAGCAGUGGUCCACUCCUUGUAAAAAAGAAGAAAAAAACAAAACAAAAAAGCCCCCACUUCCAAUCCACUCUCACCUCUUCUUCAGCUCCUACCAUCUGGCUCAUCUCCUUUUGUUUGAGCAAAACAGAAUAACAUUAUCUCACAGGUUCUCUUUUACAGCACGAGGAGAUAACAACUGGAGGAACUGGAGGUGUCCCGUAAACCAGGUUGGCGUCAGGAUGUUGUAAUCCUGAAAGCGACUAUAACAGAUGAUAGACGAUGAUCUCACCUGAGUGUUACAUUUAGCCCACCUGCUCUGCAUUCGUGAGGCCCUCGACAGCUGCGUGCGAACCAACAAUGUUCAGAUCAUCUGAGGCAAGCAGACGACGUGCUAAUGGCCAGGCACUGGGCCGCGUCAGAGGGGUGGAGGUAGCUCGAGGAAGGACAGGUUACGGUUUCACUCUCUCUGGCCACUCACCCUGUGUGCUAAGCUGCGUCUUGAAAGGCAGUCCGGCCGACUAUGUAGGCCUGCGCGCGGGAGACCAGAUCCUUGCUGUGAAUGACAUCAAUGUGGCGAAGGCAUCCCACGAGGACGUGGUCAAGCUGAUCGGACGCUGCUCGGGUGUGCUACACCUGCUCAUCUCCGAGAGCGGGCAGCUGGAUUCGUGCUCCAGCGACGAGGAGCUCGGAUUCCAUGAGCACAAAAGUCACUGGCUCCGACCGAAGAUGGACUCCAAGACUUUGGGAAUAAACCGUGCUGAGCGCGUGGUGGCCGAGAUGCAGUCUGGAGGGAUCUUCAACAUGAUCUUCGAGAACUCCUCCAGCCACUCCUCCAGCAGCUCGGAGAAAGCUGCUGCGAAACGGAGACCUAACUCUGAGCUGGACUUCCUGUGUGGAGACUCUGAGGCCCAGAGGAGCGACGUGAACCUCCUCUCAGAACAGGAACUGGCCAGAGUGCUGCGUGACGACUCCGUAUUCGUGGAUGUGUUUGAACCUGAGCGGCAGGAAGCUGACUCGGCAGGCAUCCUCAAUGUCGGUAUGAUUGUGGGCUACUUGGGUUCCAUUGAGCUGGCGUCGAGUGGUGCCAAUCUAGAGAGUGACAGUUUGCAGGCAAUACGUGGCUGCAUGCGCCGCCUGCGAGCUGAGCACAAGGUGCACUCUCUGGUGCUGCUCGAGGUGCUUCAUGACCGUGUACUCCUACGCAAUGAACGCCGAGCCAUCCUGGCUGCCUACCCGGCCGAGAAGCUGGCGUUUAGCGCCGUGUGCCCAGACGACCGCCGCUUCUUUGGCCUGGUAACUAUGCAGGCUGCUGAGGAUCACGGCAUGAGUGCAAUUGCAGAUGAAGACCAGGGUUCGAGAACCUCCUGCCAUGUCUUCCUCGUUGAUCCUGAGCUCUGUCACCACAAGGUACAUCAAGGGAUCUCUCGGCGCUUUGGUUUUAACUGCACUCCAGAUCCGGACACCGGGGGCUGUUUGGAAUUCCCCUCAACAUCUCAGCCGCUGCUGCAGUUUGUAUCAGUGCUCUACCGUGACAUGGGCGAGUCCAUCGAAGGCGUGCGUGCACGAGCGUUCCUCGAUGGUGACCUGGACGCUCAGCAGAACAACAGCACCAGCAGCAACAGCGACAGCGGAAUCGGCAACUUCCUGCCCGAAGAAAAAAACAACCGCGUCCUCUUGGUUGACCUCGGUGCCAAUCCUGCCCGCCACAUGCCCACUGGAUUAUGGGAAAGUGCACAGGGCUGUAGGAACCCCAGCGCCCAGGCUGGUCUCCCCUCUCCUCCUCCUCCUCCUCCUCCUCCUCCCUCUAUAACUCAUCGUAAUGGCUACAGGCACGAGUUCUCCGAGCCACACCCACACUCCCACACAGACCCGCCUCCUCUGUCCAGCAGACACUUGAGCUCCUCCUCCCGGCUGGACGUAUCCGGACUUCCAACCCGCCACCAUUUCCCCGCCCACUCUAAGAAGGGCGCAGGGGGCCAGCGCUGGCUCCCUGUCCAUGUCAUGAGAGAGUGGCAUCAGGGCCGCAGCAGCGAUCAGGAGUCCUACAGCGAGUCCACAGAUGGCUGGUCCAGCGCUAACUGCAGCACGCUGCCGCCUCCCAUGAGUAAGAUCCCGGCUGAUCGGUACCGUGCGGCGCGAGACAUCGCCUCCCAGCCCUAUCGGCUCCAUGCCCACAAGGACGAGUGGGCCAACAAGCUGUUUGGGACGGAGAAACACUUUUGCGAGCAACAGCAGCUUCCACAGCAGCACAAUGGCAAGAGGGCAAAAGACUCUGAGAAAAAGGGUGGAAGGUUCCGGGGCGUCACUAUGGGAUUUCCCCAACGCUCGUCUGGGAGGAGAUCGUUCGGCCGCUCCAAACGCCUCAGCGUGUCUCACUCACUGGACGACCUUGAGUCGGCUGCUGUCUCUGAUGGCGAGCUGAACAGCGCAGAUCUGAAGGGCUGCGGCAGUGACAACAGCCUGAACAGCAAUGCCAGUCUACCCAGCGUGCAGUGCCACAGACGGCACCCGGAGCGGCGCGUCGCAGCGUGGGCCGUCUGUUUCGAGCGUCUGCUGCAGGACCCCGUCGGCAUCCGUUACUUCUCAGAGUUUCUGAAGAAGGAGUUCAGUGAAGAGAAUAUCCUGUUCUGGCAAGCAUGUGAAUUUUUCAGCCAUGUUCCAGAAACGGACAAGAAGCAGUUAUCCCAGAAAGCGAGAGAGAUCUACAACAGCUUCCUGUCCAGUAAGGCCACCACGCCGGUCAAUAUAGACAGUCAGGCGCAGCUGGCCGACGACAUCCUCAACGCUCCGCGGCCCGACAUGUUCAAGGAACAACAGCUACAAAUCUUUAACCUGAUGAAGUUUGACAGUUACACACGCUUCCUGAAGUCCUUCCUGUAUCAGGAGUGUAUGUUGGCUGAGGUGGAGGGCCGUCCUCUACCAGACCCUCACCACAUCCCCAGCAGUCCCACGUCCAAACAUAGCACCAGCUCAGAACGUUCCAACCUCUCUACACCCAAGAAGGAGGAGAAGAAGAGCAAAUCAGUGAAGGCGCUCAACGAGGAGUGUAAAGAUGAACACAGUGAUAAAAAGAAAGGAAGUUUAUUUCCCUGGCCCAGGAACCGAAGCUUUGGGAAAGGACACAAAAAGAAAGACCUCGGAGAGUACACCUUUUCAGGGAAUGACGGGCGCAGAGAGUCACAGGGUUCUUUAUCCUCUGGUGCGAGUCUGGAGCUCGGCAAUUCAGCUUCAGGAAAGAACGAGGGAGAGGUGUCGCGUAACUCCAUGUCAUUAUCGGAGCGUGCUGUGCGUUACUGUAACAUUAACCUGCCGGACGGGUCGUGUUGCUCAGUACCCAUAAGGCCCGGCGUGUCCAUCCGUGAGGUUCUGCUGGGCCUGUGUGAGAAACUCUGCAUCAACCUGGCAGCUGUAGACCUUUUCCUGGUGGGAGGAGAGAAGCCUUUAGUAUUAGACCAGGACUGCAUGACGCUGUGUUCCCGAGACCUGCGACUAGAAAAACGCACAUUAUUCAGGCUGGAUCUGGUGCCCAUAAACCGCUCUGUAGGGCUGAAAGCUAAACCCACCAAGCCUGUGACUGAGGUGCUGAGGCCAGUCGUGGCAAAAUACGGCCUGCACUUAGGAGACCUGGUAGCCAGGAUUAGUGGGGAGAAGGAGCCGCUGGAUCUGGGCUUGCCCAUUUCCAACCUGGACGGGCUCAGAGUGGUGCUGGAGGUGGAUGAACAUGGUGGCGCUGCAAAAGACAAACAGAAACUGACCUUGACAAAAAGCCACGGCCCGCCACUGUCCACACGAAGCCAGUCUGCUACAGCGGAGGACAGAUCAUCAGGAAAGGCUACGACUGUCAAAACCAGGGCCCAGGUGGAAAAGCGAAAACAGAAAAAGCUUAAUAUAGAUGAAGCUGAAGAAUUCUUCGAGCUCAUAUCCAAAGCACAGAGCAACCGAGCUGACGACCAGCGGGGUCUGCUGAACAAAUCCGACCUCGUCUUGCCUGACUUCCUGCGCCUUGACCCUGACAUGAGUCCCGGAGACGUCCCCAUCAGCUCCACCCCCGAUCCCCGCAAAUCCCGUCCACGCUCUAAAGAGAACGGCUCUGCCCUUAGCGCCAGCCACCAGACACAGAGCUUGGAUUCAGGUGUAGAAGGACCAGGUGGCAGGAGAGCCUUCAUGCCACUACAUAGGAACCCCGCUCCCCGUAAACAGGCGGCGUUUGGCCCUACUCUCUCACCCAUCUCACACAGUCAUGGCGAGUGGAAGCGAGAGCGCGGGGCUCAGGCACUGGAGGAAGAGGAGCAUGGUACGGACCUGACACUAGUGGGUGAAGGCGAUAUCGCCAUUCCUAACAGUCUGCUCCUCCCUCCAUCCCCUUUACCCUUCCCUCGCUCCCCAGAUCGGCCCCGCCUCCUCAGAGAGGACGCUUACCAGGACAGCUGGGCUCAGCCAGGUACCUCUCCUGUGUGACCUGUGCUUUCCCUCAUGCUCACUCCUCUCAUGUUCUUCCUGAAGAUCUGCGUGUGUGUUUUAUCGAGUGCUGUGGACUUGCUGUUGUUCUUCUCUUUGCCAAACCUCGUCAAAGCCGCGACUCUCCCUUGUACAUACGUCACCCUCUAAGAGCACUUUACUGAACUAUUGGAAUAGAGACAUAGAGGUAUAUACAAAUGCUAACUAACAAGCUUUUACUGUCUUUGUUAGAAAGGUUUUGUAUGUCCAGUCACAUUUCAUGAUUCAACGUGAGAGUUGUUUGUCGUCAAGCUUCACUAUUAUAGGAAGCUCAGUAGAGCUGAUUCUAGUGUGUGUGAUUGUCAGUGAGUGAUUAACUACAGCCAUCAUGCUCUGUCUGGGAGUGCACACGCCCUCAAAAAACCACAGGAAUUAAAAGCAACAACCGUUGCACCACCUCCUGGCAUUAACCAUUAUGAGUUUACAGUCAUGAGACCUAAGACCAUAUUGGUGCUCUGAUAUCUGAUGCAAAAUUCCUACAACAGCAACACACAAGAGUGAUUUCACAUGAAUGAAGUUAGACGCUAGUGCUGGCUCUGACCCUAACAUUAACCUCUCAAAAUCUCAGCUUAGAAACUUUAGUUCUUAAUAUCUUAGAACAUAUUCAUCAAUAAUUACAGUGAAACUAAUAGGACAUGUACAGUACUGUGCAAAAGUUUUAGGCACAUGCAAAGAAAUGCUGAAGAGCAAAGAUUCCUUCAUAAUAAUGAAAUUAAAUGUUUCUACAUUUAAAAAAAAUACAGUAAAGAAUAAAUGAAACAAAGUCAAGAUUUGGUGUGAUAUAAAAAUAAAAAUAGUUGUCUCCGGUACGAUUAGUGCAGUUUAUAAGGAAAUGAGCUGUAAGUUUUAUUGAGCGUCUUGCAGAACCAGUCACGGUUCUUCUCUAGACUUUGACUGUCGCACAUGCUUCUUAUUUUGGCAGCAAAACCCAGCAGCCUUCAUUAUGUUUUUUUUUUUUAUCUGAAAAGUGUCUCCUACGUAAUAUGCUGCUUUCUUUACUUACAUACAAACAUUAUUCUGUAACAUUUACAAAAAUAAUAAUGUUUUUGUACUGGAAAACUAAUAUUUGGGAAUGAAAAAUGUUUUUGUACUGACUCGAUAAUGUAGAAGUCAUUUGUACUAAAAACAGUAGGGUGGCUAAAACUUUUGCACAGUACUGUAUGUAGUUAUGAGAUCAUGGAAUGUAAGAUUGGACCCAAGAACAAAUCUUGGGAGUGUAAAGGAUUAACCAUUGGGAAGGUUAUAUAAGCUGGACUGGAAAAUUCAUACGAGUUGACACCUAUGAUACCAUGCUGCCAUCCUGCCUAAUCUCAUGACAAGCCUUAACAGGUGCAGAACGAGACCAGUGACAAAGGCUGUCCUCAUGAGUUAUUGCAAAUGUAAAUUCCUGGCUUAAAGCCUGUUUUAGAGUUAUAAUAACAUGCGGAAGCCUCAGAAACAAGUCACCAGGUAAAAAUUUCUGACUUGCUGAAUUUGACCGUUUCACCUUAACAGAGGACAGGACUGUUUUAGAGUUUAAUGCUUGGUUAUUCUUUACUUUUCUAAAUGCAGUCUAGUAGUACUAGCCACAUUUCAGGCAACAGAUGCUGUAUUUACAUCUUUUUUUUACACCCAGUGGUGUUACAAUGCAUUAGGGGGAAAAUUUUGAAAGAUACCAAAAUAGAUCAAUGCUGAGGUUCUUGAAAGCACUGCAGCCUACAGUUAUUAAAUGGUUGAACGUGCACCACAAAAGCAUUACCUGAACAUUAAAUAUGAGCAUCGAGGUACAGUUUAGUAGCUUUAUUCCUCCACUUUGCCUCACUGAUGAUCACAUGGCUGACUGCAAGCUCAGCCUACAGACUGCCAUUAGCCUUCAGUCCACUGUAAAACAUUCUCAGUCUCAUCGAUCAUCAAGAAACAUUCAUUUCAUGUGAAAUAUCUUGUUUGUUGCACCUUUCUUAGUGAGAUGUGACCAAAUGCAUUUCCUAGAUUGUAUCUGAACAUAUUCAUCAUAAACACACACACACACAGGCCAGACCUUACCUCUCUGUGGUGAGCAGUUCCAUGAAUUCAGUUCUGAAUGCCUACAGGGUCUCAGAUUCCCACAUUGUGCCAUCCUUUACACUCAUCCUGAAAUCUUCAAUCUGUUUCUUUUCAACAAGCAAUUCAACAAUGUUUAUGCAGUUAACAUCCACUCUAUCAUCUUGCAUAUGGUAGUAUGUAAUAUAAUCCCCACAACCUUAAUUUAUCUAAUUUGUGUGCAAAGUAUGUUUUACUAGAUGACAAAGAAAUACUAACUGUGUACGCUGUAUCCUAGAUACCGGCGUUGUUGAAUUGCCUGCUAUUUUUGCUCUAGAUGAGAUCCAAUCACGUUUCCUGUAGCAGUUUUGUUCAGCUGACGAUCCACUCCGGUCUGUGCCAUAUCUCUGCAUUUCUGUAUAUACAGUUAAAUAAAUGUUAGAGCGGACAUCUUUUGCUCUUAUUUA